AUGUUCACUCCGCAGAAGAAUCCAUGGUCGUCGACCGACCGGAAGGGAAAGGGCAUAGCUUUUGCCGACGAAAUCACCACACCUUCUCCGCCAACAAGUCUCCGCCGGGAGGAUGAUUGGCGGAAGUUCAAAGAGGUUGGGUUGCUCGACGAAGCCUCUCUGGAAAGUAAAGACAUUGAUGCUCUCUUAGAGAAGAACCUAAAGCUUGAAAAAGAGCUGUUUGAUUACCAACAUAACAUGGGGCUUCUGCUAAUUGAGAAGAAGAAGUGGACUUCGGAAAAUGAAGAACUCAAGCAAGCAUUUGAUGAAGUUAACGAGAUGCUCAAACGUGAAAGGACGUCAAAUUUGAUUGCUUUAAACGAAUCUGAGAACAGAGAGGAGAAGCUGAGGAAAGCUUUGAUCUCCGAGAAGCAAUUUGCAGCUGAGCUUGAAAGAGAUUUGAAGUAUUUGCAACAAGAACACUCUGAGGUGAAGUCUACUUCUGAGGCAAAGUUAGCUGAAGCAAAUGCUUUGGUUUUGGGUAUUAAGGAUCAUUCUUUAGAGGUGGAUAGAAAGAGAGCUGUUGCUGAAGAAAAGCUUGCAGUGAUUAGUCGAAAGAGUUCUGAGUUAGAAAGGAAGCUAAAGGACGUGGAGACCCGUGAGAAGAUUCUCAAAAGGGAUCAUCUUUCUCUUGUUACAGAACGAGAAGCACAUGAGGCAGUGUUCUACAAGCAGAGAGAAGACCUAACGGAAUGGGAGAAGAAGCUAACGGUUGAAAAAAGUAGUUUGUCUGAAGCUAAAAGAAGUGUUAACCAUGUAGAAGAAAGAAAUACUGAAAGUGAAAGAGCUAUCAAGAAGAAGGAGAUGGCACUUGGAGAGAUGCAGCAAAAGAUUGAUAUUGCUAAGUCAGAGUUAAAAGAGAGAGAAGAAGCCAUAAACGCUAUGCUGAACGAUAUUUCUAUGAAGGAAAAAGAAUUUGAGGCCAUGAAGACUAAGGUUGAUAUGAAGGAGAAGGAGCUCCAUGAGCUUGAGGAGAAACUUAUUGUGAGGGAGCAGAUUGAGAUUGGGAAGGUCCUUGAUGAUCAGAAGGCUGUUCUAGAUUCCAGAAGGCAGGACUUUGAAAUGGAGCUUGUACAGAUGAGAAUAUCCCUUGAUGAAGAACUUGAGAAAAAGAAAGGUGAAAUUGAGCAGCUGCAAGUUGAGAUGAGCCACAAGGGAGAGCAGCUGGGGAAGAGAGAGGAGAGUGUGAAGGAAAAAGAGAAGGAUCUUGAAGCAAGAGAAAAAGCUGUAAAAACCGAAGAGAAAAAGCUGCAUAUGGAAAACGAGCGGUUGCUCGAAGAUAAGGAAAGUCUGCGUAAACUAAAAGAGGAGAUUGAAGAGAUCGGGGAUGAGACAACAAAGCAGGAGUUGAGGAUUCGCAAAGAACAUGAGAGUCUCAAGAUAACGAAAGAAGAGAGACUCGAGUUUCUAAAGCUGCAGUCUGAACUGAAGGAGCAGAUAGAUAGAGUUAAGCAAGAUCAGGAGUUGCUCGUGAAGGAACGCGAAGAACUGAAACAAGACAAGGGGAGAUUUGAGAAAGAGUGGGAAGCAUUGGAUGAGAAGAAGGCUGACAUAAGUAGAAAGCAAAAGGAAGUUACUGAAGAUAAGAUAAAGAAGGAGUUGGACGAUGUUGAAGAUCUUGAAAAGCAGAGAAGGAAUCUUGACAUGGAGAAAGAGAUGGAAGAAUUGCAGUACGAGAAGCUUGCUCUGAAGCAGCAAAGAGAAGAAAUUUCUAUCGAGAAGAAGAAGUUGGAAAAACAGUUUAGUGAUUUGUUCAAGGACGUCGAUCAGGUAGAUGAAGUUAGAAUCUCUUUGAAGGAGCAACGAGACGAGUUAUGCAGUGCAAGGGAGCGUUUCGUAGUAUUUCUGAGAGACAUAAAGAUCUGCGAUGUCUGUUCCGUAAAAUUCAAGAAGUUCAUUCACCCUAAUCGAGUAGCCGACAAACUUUCCGAAGAUAGCAAAAGCACAUCUUUGAUUGCUACACUCGCUGCGGCCAAGCAACCUGAGGAUUCUGUGCAUACAUCUUACAUUGAGACACUCAGGCGAGUGGCAGGCAAAGAUCAUGAACCAUCUGCUUCCGAACAGAGUUUCACAGAGAGUAAAAUAAAUGGAGGUCAUGAAGUUUCCUUGCAAUCAGAGUCAAAGAGUGGUAAACCUAGACGUGGUAGAGCUAAGGGUAAGUCUGUUAGAGGAAGGUCGAAGGCAACAGAAGCUGCGUCUAGAGAUUCAAAACCAUCUGAGGCUGAAACUCCAAGGAAGCGACAACGUGAACAUGUUUCUAGAAUGACAGAAAGUGAACACGCAGCUGGUGAUAGCGAUGAUGGUGUAGACAGUAUCGCAACUGGUGGACGUAGGAAGAAGAGACAGACAGUGAUUCCAGUCUCUCAGACGCUUGGUCAAAGCCGAUAUUAUCUCAGGAGACAUAGAAAUGUAGGAACAGAAGAAGAUAAAGCACAAGCAUCAACAGGUGCCAUGGAGAAACAAGAGAGUGAUAUCAGAACAGUUCCAAGUCCAGAGGAUAAUCUUACUCCACCACAAGUUGAGAACAGGCAAAAUGGUAAAGCUGAAAUAUUAGUGGAGACGGUAACAGUAACACAGAAGGAGAUUGUUGAGGUUGAAGAAGAGACUGAGUUCAAGGAUAACAAUAUGGUAAAGACGCCAGUCAAAGAUCAACAGUUCAGAGCUGAAAGAAAAGAGCAUGGUGAAGAGGAUAAAAAUGGGAAUUUUAGCAUGAUCCAAGAAGAAAAUGAAGAAGAAGAAGGAGAGGAAACAGAGCGUCCAGGUGAAGCUUCCAUAGGAAAGAAGAUUUGGGUCUUUUUCACUACCUAA